GAAGGGGCGGCCCGGCGGCACCGCCGCUCUUCCCGUCCCGGCCCUUCCCCGGGGCUCUGGGGGGUCAUCGCCAUGGCGGCGGCGGCGGCGGCAACGCUGCUGCUGCGAUCGGCGGGCCGGGUCCUGCUGGGCCUUGCCGCUCCCCUGCUCCGCGCUGAGCGGGGCAUUAGCGACUGCGGCGGGGCGCGCUGGGCGCCCGUGCGGCCCGGCCUCCCCGUGCCGCUGUCCUCGCCCCUGGCAGGACUCUCCCGGCCCAUCUGCAUCAAAGAGCCUCCCAAGCGCAAGCCGGUAGAUCGGUGGACGAAGAAGCGGGCCUUGUUCGGGGUGUACGAUAACGUGGGGAUCCUGGGCGGCUUCCAGAUCCACCCGAAGAAUCUCAUCAUGGGACCCGUUUGGCUGCGAGGCUGGCGGGGGAACGAGCUGCAGAGGUGCAUCCGCAAGAAGCAGAUGGUGGGCGAUCGGAUGUUUGUAGAGGACUAUCACAAACUCAACAAGAGGAUCCGCUACUUGUACAAGCGCUUCAAUCGCACCGGGAAGCACCGCUAGGGAACAGCAGUGGCUUCAGCGUGUGGAAUGUAGCUCUGCGGCACUGCAGUCAGAAUAAAGCCAGCUUCCACACGA